CUCAGCUGUGGGAGCUUGGCCUUUGCCUGCUCCAGCCACACGGCUCUCACCUCUGUGGGUGGUGUGACCCAAGACUGGUUAUGUUAUGUCAGAGCCAAAAGUCAUGUGUUCAGCAGGGGUGGGUCUGACCAUGUAGGUGGAAGGGCAUCCUUUUCUGUCCAACAGAUUGGGCCCCAUGGUACCUGUGGCCAUGUGGUGUCUCAAGACUUCUUCAAGGUUUUACUAUGAGCCAGACUUUGCUGCGACUGCUGUUUUGAACCUGAACCUCUUGAAGGAUUGACCCCGAGUGCUAGAAUUCUUCAGUCUAUGUGCCUCUGGGCCUGCCUGUUGCCCUGUGGAUGCAUUCUAGGCAUGCCUAUCAGUGUCCUGGCAAACCUACAGCCUCCUUAUACAGAUCUAGCCUUACCAGGCUCCCCAUCCCAGGGCUAUGAGCUAAUGAAAUAGAGCAGGCUGGAGGUCACUGGGCUUGAGGUCAGUUAGUGGGACAGCCAGCAGCCUUAUAGCCACAGAAGUGGUAAAGAGGCAAGGAAGGAGUACCAGAAAGGGGCAUUGCCCUGGGUGAGGCUCAGAAGUGCAGGAGGUGGAAAAGGGGUGCCUCAGGAGCCCACUGUUAGUAAUUGUUCCCCCUGUGAAUGAUUAACUCUCAGCGCGAUCUGGAGGAGGGCUCAGCCAACAGGACCUUUGGACUUGGGGCAGUGUCCAGAGGGCUGGCGUGUGACCUGCCGAAGAGGAGGACAUGGUUGGGUGGCAGGCCUGGGCUCUGAAGACUGGUGCGCCAUCAGGCCGCUGAAGGCCUUAGGAAGUCCCCUUGGACUGGCAGAUGGCCCAUUCUUGAAGCAGCAGCUGUGGGGUCCGCUGGGUCUGAGCCCUCAGAGCUGUGGCUGGUGGCAGCCUCCUGUCUCUGGCCUUGCAGCGGUCUCACUAGUGCUUUCUUUCCCCUAGGCAGCCAUGGGUUCCAGGUGGUGCUGAAAGCAGGAGCAGUGGGGCAUGGCUAUAGCCCUGCAAGUCCUGCGUCACUUCGCCCGGGCCCCCUCGCGCCCACUCCUCUGGGGGUGCCCAUUGACCCGGCUGGCCAGUGGCAUGGCCCUGGAAGAGCAGGCACGGCAAAUAUUUGAGAGCACUGUGGGUGCCAUGCUGCCAGGUCCCAUGCUGCAGCGGGCACUGUCCUUGGAUCCUGACAGUGGGCAGCUGAAAGUGCGGGACCGGAGCUUUCAGCUGCGGCAGAACCUCUACCUGGUGGGCUUUGGCAAGGCUGUGCUGGGCAUGGCAGCUGCAGCUGAGGAGCUACUAGGCCAACAUCUCGUGCAGGGAGUGAUCAGCGUGCCCAGGGGGAUCCGUGCUGCCAUGGAGCAUGCUGGCAAACAAGAGAUGCUGCUGAAGCCCCAUAGCCGUGUCCAGGUAUUCGAGGGUGCGGAGGACAACCUCCCGGACCGGGAUGCACUGCGGGCCGCGCUGGCCAUCCGACAGCUGGCCGAAGGCCUCACAGCUGAUGACCUGCUGCUUGUACUCAUCUCAGGUGGGGGAUCGGCGCUGCUGCCCGCCCCCAUCCCGCCUGUCACACUGGAGGAGAAGCAGAAGCUAACCAAGCUGCUGGCAGCCCGUGGAGCCAACAUCCAGGAGCUGAACACCAUCCGGAAGGCCUUGUCCCAGCUCAAGGGUGGGGGGCUGGCUCAGGCUGCCUACCCUGCUCAGGUGGUGAGCCUGAUUCUGUCCGAUGUGGUGGGAGACCCUGUGGAGGUGAUUGCCAGCGGCCCCACUGUGGCCAGCGUCCACAGUGUGCAAGAUUGCCUGCACAUCCUCAAUCGUUAUGGCCUUCGUGCUGCUCUGCCACGUUCUGUGAAAACUGUGCUGGCUCGGGCUGACUCUGACCCCCAUGGACCACAUGCCUGUGGUCAUGUCCUCAAUGUGAUCAUUGGCUCCAAUGCACUGGCACUGGCUGAAGCUCAGAAGCAGGCUGAGGCACUGGGUUAUAAGGCUGUGGUGCUGAGCACAGCCAUACAGGGUGAUGUGAAAAAUGUGGCCCAGUUCUAUGGGCUGCUGGCCCGAGUGGCUGGAGCCUGCCUCACCAUGCCUGCGGCUGGAACCUCUGUAGAGGAGGAUAAACAACUCUAUGAACUGGCGGCCCAGCUCCAGCUCCCAGAUUUGCAGCUGAAGGAGGCCCUGGAAGCUGUGGUGGGAGCUCAGGGGCCAGUUUGCUUGCUGGCUGGUGGCGAGCCCACAGUGCAGUUGCAGGGCUCAGGCAAGGGUGGCCGGAACCAGGAACUGGCCCUGCGUGUUGGAGUGGAGCUGGGACAGUGGCCAUUAGAGCCUAUUGAUGUGCUGUUUUUGAGUGGUGGCACUGAUGGGCAGGAUGGGCCCACAGAGGCAGCUGGGGCCUGGGUUAGGCCUGAGCUUGCCAGACAGGCCGUUGCCGAGGGUCUGGAUGUGGCUGCCUUCCUGGCCCACAAUGACUCAUAUACCUUCUUCUGCCGCUUCCAGGGUGGGGCACAUCUGCUGCACACGGGGCUGACGGGCACUAAUGUCAUGGAUACCCACCUCCUGUUCCUGCGGCCUCGGUGAGGCAUAGGUCACAUUUUAGGAACCUACAGGAGGUCUGCGGGGCGGCAUCCUAGAGCAGACCAGGGUUUGUCCCCAGGGCCUCACCAAGCUUUACAGCCUCUCUUCACCUUGGUGCUGGCUGCUUGGUUGCCCUCACCUCCCAGACCCAGGGCCUGUGUGUCUUAUUUCCCAACCAGAAGGCAGAUGGGGACUCUCGUCCACUCCUACUUUCAGCCAUGGCAGCAGGUAUCCCUGAGGACCAAGCCCUGGGCCAGUUUGCUGUUCCCAGUCUUCUCCCCCAGGCAGCCCCCUGCUCAGCUCCUGCCCCCGUUUCUUCUGUGGUGUGAAGCAAGGAGGACUGAAAAUAAAAA